UUCAUAAAUAUAAUUUACUAUUAGGUUAGUGAAUAUGAAAGUUUUUAAUGUGGUUUAUUACAGGUGUUGAAUUUUGUUUCAUUAGAUUUUAAAUAUUUUGACCCCUGCUUUCAAAAAUACCUUUCCACAUUCUUUUGCAAAUUAAGUUGUCACAGAGUUGGACUGCUUGUCUUUUGAACUGAUAUGCCUGGGUUAGAUUUAGGAUAGAAAACUUAUAAUCCUAAACUGAUUUUUCUGAGAAGUACUAGCGAUUUGAAGAAUCAGGAAUCCCCAUGUAGUUUGACAAAUUAUUAAAGAUUCAGUACCUAAAAUUGUUACUCCCUUGAGUGUAAGAUUUGCAUAGUCUCAACAGGGGUUUUGGCUUUCUUAUGCAAGGUUUGUGGUUAACAUUGAACAAACUCUACUUUCUAAUUUAAAAAAAUCAAGCAGUGUUGUUGUUCCUUGUAAUAUACUCUCACCUGGAAAACUGCUUUGAAGUCAUGAUGCAUUUGCCUACUGGCAGUGGGGUUACAGCUUAACAAGAAGCUUGCACUUUACUUUUUAAAUGCAUUGUAUCAAGUAUAUUUUGAUUCAUGUAAUUGAUGAAUGUCCAAAAAUAUUCUAGAGACUCCUUGAAGGAGACGAUGGAGUUUGAAAUUAUUGUUACCCUAAAUUGCAUACCUUAACACACGUACAUAAAUAUGACAUCACUUCCUUUUAACAUUGUAAAGCUAAAAGAUAUUAGUUGUGUUUUAUUGUUGAUUAACGUUUUUAUUUUUAGUGAACUAAAACGAAGGAGACUUUCUGACUAGUACUUGGUUUCUUAAUCCAUCAGAAUUUCUCCUUUAAGGACCUGUUUGAAUGGCACAAAGUCUGGUGUUCAGGUAGUACUACAAAAAUCACUUGCAGCCUGAGCCACAGGAGAGGAAGGGAGGAGUUUGCAGGUCAAGUAAAUUUUCGUCUGAGCAUUACUUUAGGAUCUGAAAGGAUUGAGUGCAAGUUGAGGUUAACCUGAUAUUUUCCUGUUACUGGAAGUAAUGCAGUAUUUCAUAGUGAUUAUGUAAGUUUGUUAUUCUUGUAUUCUUUUGAGGUUAAUAUUUAAGUAUAAUGUUAUACUUCGUAUAUGAUUUUUGAAUAGUAAGUUUAUUUUCAAAAAUAAGAUUGAAAAAAUAUUUGGUGUCUGUGAAUCUAAAUAUUUAAAACAAGGUUUUAGUGAUGGACCUGUGUAGAAAUAUAUACCAUGCACUUAUCUAAAUAAUUUACAUUUUGGGGCAACUUCAGUAAUAUCAAAGAAUGGAAACAGGAUGGAAGGGAAUCAGAAUGGAACUGUGUGUACACAGAGUUCUGUGUGUUCUGGUACUCUGCCUUUACAAUUUAUCUUACCUGAAAGUUUAUUAAAUUUGUCUGCAAAUCAUCUGCCUUUGAACCAGGUUUAUUUUGAUAACCUGAGGUGCUGUGAAAAUCAUCUGCUUUUUAAUCAGACUUGUAGCAGUUAUUCCAAAAGCCUGGGGGUGUUUAGAAGUGGUUAUAAUGCAGUUGCUUGUGGACUGGAAAAGACAGUUUAAGUGGCAGCCAUUUUAUGACACUGGUUAAUUUUUACGAAUCGGGAGUUUUGAGAAGAUGAAAAUAAAGAAAAUUGGAACCUGAAAUACCAAAACCUGUUUUUCUCCCCCCUCCCUCUUUGAGUUCUCUGGUGCUAAAAUAAAGGGCAGCUUGGUAGUUAGCCCUGGCAGCAGCUCUGUGAGCCCCUGGCAUCUUGGUGCAGGUCCAGCUCAGUCACAAAAUGGCUGUUCCUUUGUGCCGCAGCGCUGACAGACAUACUGCAUUGCACUGUGUACUCGCCAAACAGCAGGAAGUUGCCGUGCCGAGUUCAAAGGCCGGCCGGCGCAGGCGCCGAGAGCUGAUUGGCUGUACGCGCGCCUGGUAACAGCGGGUCAACAGCGACGGCCUUCGGGCAGGCCCCGCCCCGUGACGUCAGGCGCCUCGUCGCCGAAACAGCGAACGCGGUGACGUUGGGCUGCGUGCGCAGCCCUGGUGCUUCCUCUUCGCCUGGCGAGCCAUCCGGCUGCGGGGAGGGGAAAGGGAAGGGAGGGGACCUUUAGCUGGGACUUUCCGGUGGCGGCAGCUUCCCGGAACGAUUUCUCUCCUGGCAGUCCGCUUCGCCUUUCCCUCUAGCGGCCCACACCCUUGGCACGUCUUUUAACCUUUCCUGGGAAUGGUUUUCUUUUAGAAGCAGUUUUUACUUUUGGAAACCUUUAGGUAGAAAACCUGUCAGUUUUUACAUUUUUUCUUUCCUGUGUCUUAGCGGGUCUUAGCGGGUGUUUUCCCCUCUUUUCUGUUCAAUGUGAAGAGAUUAGUGAGUUUUAAUUUUGCUACCAUUGACCAAAACCAUUUCACUGUCAAGGAAACAAUUUUAUUUAAAUUGAAACGUCUUAACAGGUGUUAGAGCUGUUGUUUAAUACAUGGCUCAUAAACCAAGGGAAGAUUAUUUGAACUUGUCCCCGUGCAUUUUUACUUUGUACCAUACAUUUUCUGAAUUGGCAUUUGAUGGAGAAAAACUCAGUCACUCAGCAUCUGAAGAAGCUUCGGGUUCAGACUCAGGCAGCCAGUCGGAGAGUGAGCAAGGCAGCGAUCCGGGAAGUGGACAUGGCAGCGAGUCAAAUAGCAGUUCUGAGUCUUCAGAGAGUCCGUCGGAAUCUGAGAGUGAAUCGGCAGGUUCCAAAUCCCAGCCAGUCCUUCCAGAAGCCAAAGAGAAGCCAGCCUCUAAGAAGGAGCGGAUAGCCGACGUGAAGAAGAUGUGGGAAGAAUACCCUGAUGUUUAUGGGGUUAGGCGGUCAAACCGAAGCAGACAAGAACCGUCACGAUUUAAUAUUAAGGAGGAGGCAAGUAGCGGGUCUGACAGUGGGAGCCCAAAAAGAAGAGGCCAGAGGCAGCUGAAAAAACAAGAAAAAUGGAAACGGGAGCCCUCGGAAGAUGAGCAGGAACAAGGAACCAGUGCAGAGAGUGAACCAGAGCAGAAGAAAGUGAAAGCCAGAAGACCUGUCCCCAGAAGAACAGUGCCCAAACCUCGUGUUAAAAAGCAGCCUAAAACUCAGCGUGGGAAGAAAAAAAAGCAAGAGUCUUCCGAUGAUGACGAUGAAGAUGACGAAGCCCCUAAGAGGCAGACUCGUCGCAGAGCGGCUAAAAACGUUAGUUACAAAGAAGACGAUGACUUCGAGACUGACUCGGAUGACCUCAUUGAAAUGACUGGGGAAGGAGCUGAUGAGCAGCAGGAUAAUAGUGAAACCAUCGAAAAGGUCUUAGAUUCAAGGCUCGGGAAGAAAGGAGCCACUGGAGCUUCUACUACUGUAUAUGCGAUUGAAGCUAAUGGAGACCCCAGUGGUGACUUUGACUCCGAAAAGGAUGAAGGCGAAGUGCAGUACCUCAUCAAGUGGAAGGGUUGGUCUUACAUCCAUAGCACUUGGGAGAGUGAAGAAUCCUUACAGCAACAGAAAGUGAAGGGCCUGAAAAAACUCGAGAACUUCAAGAAGAAAGAGGAUGAAAUUAAGCAAUGGUUAGGGAAAGUUUCUCCUGAAGAUGUGGAAUAUUUCAACUGCCAACAAGAGCUGGCCUCGGAGUUGAACAAACAGUAUCAGAUCGUAGAAAGAGUAAUAGCUAUGAAGACAAGCAAAUCUACACUGGGUCAAACGGAUUUUCCAGCUCACAGUCGGAAGCCGGCACCUUCAAAUGAACCUGAAUAUCUAUGCAAAUGGAUGGGGCUGCCCUAUUCAGAGUGUAGCUGGGAAGACGAAGCCUUGAUUGGAAAGAAAUUCCAGAGCUGCAUUGAUAGCUUCCAUAGUCGGAACAACUCAAAAACCAUCCCGACAAGAGAGUGUAAGGCCCUGAAGCAGAGACCACGCUUUGUAGCUUUAAAGAAACAGCCGGCAUAUUUGGGAGGGGAGAAUCUGGAGCUCCGUGACUAUCAGCUAGAAGGUCUCAACUGGCUUGCUCAUUCCUGGUGCAAAAGUAACAGUGUAAUCCUUGCCGAUGAAAUGGGCCUAGGAAAGACCAUCCAGACCAUAUCAUUCCUCUCCUACCUGUUCCACCAACACCAGCUGUAUGGCCCCUUUCUUAUAGUCGUCCCUUUAUCCACCCUCACCUCAUGGCAGAGGGAGUUUGAAAUCUGGGCACCAGAGAUUAACGUAGUGGUUUACAUAGGUGACCUGAUGAGCAGAAAUACGAUACGGGAAUAUGAAUGGAUUCAUUCUCAGACCAAAAGGUUGAAGUUCAAUGCACUUAUAACAACAUAUGAGAUUCUCUUGAAAGACAAGACUGUGCUGGGCAGUAUUAACUGGGCGUUUCUGGGAGUGGAUGAAGCCCAUCGUUUGAAGAAUGAUGACUCUUUGUUGUAUAAAACUCUGAUUGAUUUCAAGUCCAACCAUAGGCUCCUGAUUACGGGGACCCCUCUUCAGAACUCCCUCAAAGAGCUCUGGUCCUUGCUGCACUUUAUUAUGCCGGAGAAGUUUGAGUUCUGGGAAGAUUUCGAGGAAGACCAUGGGAAAGGGAGAGAGAAUGGCUACCAGAGUCUCCAUAAGGUGCUAGAGCCUUUUCUUCUCCGGAGAGUGAAAAAAGACGUGGAGAAGUCUCUUCCUGCCAAAGUGGAGCAGAUCCUUAGGGUGGAGAUGUCGGCCCUUCAGAAGCAGUAUUACAAAUGGAUUCUGACCAGGAAUUACAAGGCUCUUGCCAAAGGAACAAGAGGCAGCACAUCUGGUUUCCUUAAUAUUGUGAUGGAACUCAAAAAAUGCUGCAACCAUUGUUACCUGAUCAAGCCCCCCGAAGAAAACGACAGGGAGAACGGACAGGAGGUUCUUCUGUCCCUGAUCAGGAGCAGUGGGAAGCUGAUUCUAUUAGAUAAACUGUUGACAAGACUGCGAGACAGGGGGAACAGAGUCCUUAUCUUCUCUCAGAUGGUGAGAAUGCUGGACAUCCUGGCCGAGUACCUGACUAUCAAGCACUAUCCUUUCCAGCGUCUGGAUGGUUCCAUCAAGGGAGAAAUCCGAAAACAGGCACUGGACCACUUCAAUGCAGAUGGGUCUGAGGACUUCUGUUUCCUGCUCUCGACAAGGGCUGGUGGCCUGGGAAUCAAUUUGGCUUCAGCGGACACAGUCGUCAUCUUCGACUCUGACUGGAACCCCCAGAACGACUUGCAGGCACAAGCCCGAGCCCAUAGAAUUGGUCAGAAGAAACAGGUAAAUAUUUACCGCUUGGUUACAAAGGGGACCGUGGAGGAAGAGAUCAUAGAACGGGCCAAAAAGAAGAUGGUAUUGGACCAUCUGGUGAUUCAGCGCAUGGACACUACUGGCCGGACAGUCCUGGAAAACAACUCGGGAAGGUCCAAUUCAAAUCCUUUUAACAAAGAAGAGCUGACAGCCAUUUUGAAAUUUGGAGCAGAGGAUCUCUUCAAAGAAAUGGAAGGGGAGGAAUCAGAGCCUCAGGAGAUGGAUAUAGAUGAGAUUUUGCGCUUGGCCGAAACCAGAGAGAACGAAGUGUCAACAAGUGCGACAGACGAGCUUCUGUCACAAUUUAAGGUCGCCAACUUCGCGACAAUGGAAGACGAAGAGGAGCUGGAAGAGCGCCCUCACAAGGACUGGGAUGAGAUCAUCCCUGAGGAGCAGAGGAAGCGCGUGGAGGAGGAGGAGCGGCAGAAGGAGCUGGAAGAGAUUUACAUGCUGCCUCGAAUUCGCAGCUCCACCAAAAAGGCUCAGACAAAUGACAGUGACUCUGAUACGGAGUCUAAGAGGCAGGCGCAGAGAUCCUCUGCCUCAGAGAGCGAGACGGAGGACUCUGACGACGACAAGAAGCCGAAGCGCAGAGGGCGCCCGCGGAGUGUGCGGAAGGACCUGGUGGAGGGCUUCACUGACGCGGAGAUCCGCAGGUUCAUCAAGGCGUAUAAGAAGUUUGGUCUCCCCCUUGAACGGCUGGAGUGCAUAGCACGCGAUGCCGAACUAGUCGAUAAGUCUGUGGCUGACCUGAAGCGCUUGGGGGAGUUGAUUCACAACAGCUGCGUGUCUGCAAUGCAGGAGUAUGAGGAGCAGCUCAAAGAAACCGCCAGCGAGGGGAAAGGACCAGGGAAAAAGAGAGGGCCAACAAUCAAGAUUUCUGGGGUUCAGGUUAAUGUGAAAUCCAUCAUACAGCAUGAAGAAGAGUUUGAAAUGCUGCAUAAAUCUAUCCCUGUGGACCCUGAAGAAAAAAAAAAGUACUGCUUAACCUGUCGUGUCAAAGCUGCACAUUUCGAUGUCGAGUGGGGAGUGGAAGAUGAUUCUCGCCUCCUGCUGGGAAUUCAUGAACAUGGCUAUGGGAACUGGGAGCUAAUUAAAACGGACCCAGAGCUUAAGUUAACUGACAAAAUUCUGCCCGUGGAGACAGAUAAAAAGCCCCAGGGGAAGCAGCUGCAGACCAGAGCAGACUACUUGCUGAAGCUGCUCAGGAAGAGUCUGGAGAAGAAGGGGGCCGUGUCGGGCGGGGAAGAGGCCAAAUUAAAAAAGCGGAAGCCUCGAGUAAAAAAGGAAAACAAAGCCCCCAGGCUGAAAGAUGAGCAUGGGAUUGACUUUUCAUCUCCCAGACUCUCAGACAAUCCAUCAGAGGAGGGAGAAGUGAAGGAUGAUGGCUUAGAAAAAAGUCCAAUGAAAAAGAAACAGAAGAAGAAAGAGAACAAGGAGAACAAGGAGAAACAAAUGAGUUCUAGGAAAGACAAAGAAGGAGACAAGGAACGGAAGAAGUCUAAAGAUAAGAAAGAGAAGCCUAAAGGUGGUGAUGCCAAAUCUUCGAGUAAAUCAAAGCGAUCUCAGGGUCCUGUCCAUAUUACAGCAGGAAGUGAACCUGUCCCCAUUGGCGAGGAUGAGGAGGAUGAUCUGGACCAGGAGACAUUCAGCAUAUGUAAAGAGAGGAUGAGGCCCGUGAAAAAGGCACUGAAACAGCUGGACAAACCUGACAAGGGGCUCAACGUGCAGGAGCAACUAGAGCACACCCGGAACUGCCUGCUGAAAAUCGGGGACCGGAUAGCCGAGUGCCUUAAAGCUUACUCAGACCAGGAGCACAUCAAGCUGUGGCGGAGGAACCUAUGGAUUUUUGUUUCCAAGUUUACAGAAUUUGAUGCUCGAAAAUUGCAUAAGUUAUACAAGAUGGCUCAUAAGAAAAGAUCUCAAGAAGAGGAGGAGCAAAAGAAGAAGGAUGAUGUGAUUGGUGGUAAGAAGCCAUUCCGACCGGAGGCCUCAGGCUCAAGCCGGGAUUCCCUAAUGUCUCAGUCCCAUGCGCCGCACAGCCUUCACCCCCAGAAGUCUCAUUUGCCUGCCUCCCACGGCCCACAGAUGCAUGGACACCCAAGGGAUAACUACAGUCACCCCAACAAGAGACACUUUAGUAAUGCAGAUCGAGGAGACUGGCAGAGGGAAAGAAAGUUCAACUAUGGCAGUGGCAACAGCAACCCGUCAUGGGGCAGUGACAGGCACCAUCAGUAUGAGCAGCACUGGUACAAGGACCACCAUUAUGGGGACAGGCGACACAUGGACAGCCACCGUUCUGGGAGCUACCGACCCAACAACCUGUCUAGAAAGAGACCCUACGACCAGUACAGCAGUGACCGAGACCACCGGGGACAUAGAGAUUACUAUGACAGGCACCAUCACGACUCCAAGCGGAGGAGAGCGGAUGAGUUUAGGCCUCAGAACUACCACCAGCAGGAUUUCCGGCGAAUGUCUGACCACCGCCCCCCGAUGGGCUAUCAUGGCCAGGGACCCUCAGACCAUUACCGCACCUUCCACACAGACAAACUGGGGGAGUACAAACAGCCCCUGCCGCCCCUGCACCCCGCAGUCUCAGAUCCUCGUUCACCCCCUUCUCAGAAGUCUCCCCAUGACUCCAAGUCUCCCCUGGAUCAUAGGUCUCCUUUGGAGAGAUCGCUAGAACAGAAAAACAACCCAGAUUAUAACUGGAAUGUUCGGAAAACAUAAAGGACGGCUCGGGAGAAGGGGAGCGCAAGAGUCCUUAGCACCGGAUGUUUUUGGUCUGACCCACGGGAGCCAGUUACCUAGACCAGUAAGUGGAGUUUCUGGACACGCUGCUGCUGCCAGCUCGCCGGCCGAGGGGCGUUUCAGGGAGCGGGGGGCUUUGGUCCGGUCACCACUCCUGCACUCUGGCGCCCCCGCUCGUUCCAGCCUGGUUUCAGCCUCCCACUUUGACGGGUGCUAGGAGGAAGAGGUGACUUUUAUGUACCAGUGUCACAGGCUGUGCUUCCCGGGUGAAGGAAGAAGGGAUCUUAGGGUCGGGAGUGUCUUGUCGCCAGGGUCCGUGCACCCGGGACCUUGGUGCGGUGGUCAGGGAGGGGACGCGCGUGCGAAGGCUGCUGGGACCUGCUGGACAGUGUGUGACUCGGGUCGCUGUGAAGUGACGAUGCUGCUGUCGGGGAGUGGGGCUUGGGGACGAGCGGGUGGGGUCUCGCAUCAUAGGACUCGAGGGGGAGCAGGUACACCCCUCAGAUGCGUUCUUGGGAGAAAUGAUACGCGUGGGCCUCAUUGUGUGACACCUGUGGUGCAGGGGUGGGGGGACAGGGCGACGACCCCACAGUGGGCCCCUCCCCACCAAACACUAAUUCCUCCCAUGCUGUCUGUAGCUGUCAGAGUUUUGGUCUCCUGGGCGGGCCACCUUUGCCCCCUGGGUCCACGAGCUGACUUUCAAGUACUGUGACAGGCAGCAUGGAGUCAGUGGGUCUGACUUGGUUGGAAGGGGGCCGAAGGCGGGGGCAGGGUAGGGGCAGGGUGGGCGCAGGGCGGCUGAGAAAGCGGAAUCCCUGGCAGAUUUCCGAUUCCUGGGAUGAGAAGUGCGAGUCCAAGGCCGGGAGAGGACGGAAGGUGGAGGCGUGCGUGUUGUCAGCGUGUUGCUGGCACGCACGGGACAGGGCGCGCGUGCAGGGGCGGCCAGGGCCCCAGGCGGGCGUUUGGUCGUGCUGGUGGGGGGGCGGGGUUCAGUGUUGUGCCAGGUCAGCAUUUCAGUUCCCAUUUCACAGCUUGAAGUAGAUGACACAGAGUCACACAUGUCCUCACACUCGGGUGGGGGGUGGUAGACAGAGGGAGAUAAGCUAGUUACCUGUGGUGAGCAGGUUUCCAUUGUCGGUUAGAGAUCAUUAGAACUGAGCUCAUUUUUUUUAGAAUGAGAUCAAGUCAAAGGAUAAACCCCAAGUUAAAAUUUUUUCCUCGAUAGGAAGUGUCCAGGGACAGGGACUGAGCUGCAGACGGCGAGUCGUUCUAGAGUUGAGCUGAGUCGGGACUGGGAGGCAAGGUGGUUGUGUCAGUUAAGCAGACUGCUUUCAUUUCACUGAGUCCGGGCCUUCGUUUCAUUCAUUUUAAACCAAGCUCGCCAGUAUUGUUAGCGGAUCCAGAGGCCCUUCUAGACGGAGGCAGAAUAACUGACUCGAAGCACAGUAUGCCUGUAAGUGUCCAGGCUUGGAGCUGGCGAAAACCCUUCCGUUGGGCACACACGACAUUACUUUCCCUGAACUGACCUGUGGGGACUUAAUAUCACUGACUUGCUGGUACCCUGGGCCAACAGCAUUGAUGCCUUUACUCGGACUUUGUUGAGCUGCGUCACCCUGUGGACGUGUCACCUGCAGAAGCAAUGUGGCCGUGGGUGGUUGCUCUCUGCCGCACCAAGCUCGAGGCUGGCCCGUGCAGAGUUCCAGAGGAGAGCCUGGGACCUCACAGCUCAUGCUGGCGGCCUAGGGGACCCCUGCCUCAUUUAGCUCCUCCUGGUGCUUGGGGCUCCUCACCCUAGGCUUACACCCACGGGCCUGCAUGGGAGGCCUUGCCAGGUCAUCCCUGGGGGCGUGCUGCGGGAGAAGUCAUGCCUCUGCCUGGGCCACCACAGGUCCAGCUUCUUGCUGACAGUGCUGGCACUGCCCACGGCGAAGGGGAAGGCGCUUGGCUCGCCAGCUCCGUGAGCAGGGUGCGGUGGGCAGGGUACGAGCCGCCCCUCUCCUUCCCCUGUGGGGAGUCAGGUCACACCACGUCCCCGGCA